AUGGAUGCCCACGGCGGACACUACCUCAACAAAGAAGCCGUGUUGUCACCGCUCGGGGCAGCCCGAAUGUGCCAGUUGCUGUUCGGCUGCACCAUAAUCGCCCUUGUGUCCCACAGCGCAGGCUACAGCGCCACCUACGGACACUUCUGCAUGUUUGUGUGGUGCUUCUGCUUCGCUGUCACGGUGGUAGUGUUCAGCCUGGACAUUACAAGACUCCACAGCUGCAUGCCUAUCUCGUGGGAUAAUUUCACAGUGGCUUUUGCCAUGCUGGCGACACUCAUGUACAUCACCGCCUCUGUGGUCUACCCCGUGUACUUCCUCGACAUUGAGUGCCCUAGCGAGGGCUGUGAGGAACAAGGCUACCGCAUUGCUGUGACUGUGAUCUCCAGCCUCUGUUGUUUUCCUUACGGGGCUGAAGUUUUCAUAACGAGGGCAAAACCUGGAACUGUGGUGGGUUACAUGGCAACCGUGUCUGGUCUACUCAAGGUGGUACAGGGAUUUGUGGCCUGUAUAAUUUUUGGAGCCCUGGACAAUUACAGCGAGUACAACAACUACAUAGCUACUGAGUACUGUGUGGUUGUGUACAGCUUGUGCUUCUCAAUCACUGUGUUAGUGGUCUUAGCUGCAAUAUCCGGGAAGACCUCUGCCCUGCGGUUCCCUUAUGACCGGUUUGUGGUCAUCUACACUUUCAUGGCUGUGAUUCUCUACCUCAGUACCGCACUGAUUUGGCCCAUCUUCAGCUUUGACAAAAAAUACAGCUCUACUGAUCGUCCUGAGAACUGUCCACGUGGAGAAUGUCCCUGGGACAGCAAGUUGGUGAUUGCCGUCUUUUCCAACGUCAACCUUAUUCUUUAUUUUGCUGAUUUGAUCUACUCCCAAAGGAUUCGCUUCGUCAGUAACGCUGUAGUCUGAAAAAUGGCCGUUGGUCAUUGCAGACAUUUGUUCAUAUCAAUAACUCGAU